GCCGGUGCUGGGGACCGGGCGGCGGGCGCCAGCGGCCGGAGGACGCCCGGCUGCGGGAGGCGGCUCCGCAGUGCCCAGGCAAGCAAACCAAAGCUGCUUCUCCUCUGCUGCUGCUCUCAUUUGGGAUUUGAUUUGCAUCAUCUCCGAGCCCAUUAAAAGAAAUAAAUAAAAAAAAAAAAAGGAGAAGAAGAGGGGAAAAAAAAAUAGAAAAGGGCAAACCAAACCCACACAAAACAUGUGCGGAAGGACUUCCACUCCCUGGCUGUGCUAUUGAGGAUCAGGAAGAGCCUUUGGGGCUGCAGGAUCUCGCUAGGCUGAUGCUGCUGCUCAAGGAUUUGGUGCAGGGAGACAAAACUGCUGCCUCUUCCAUCCGCUGAUCUCAACAUCUGCAUUUCCCUGCUGCUGUGCUCCCUCUCACACCCUCUCUCCAUGGACUGAUUUUUUUAUUUUUUUCCCUUUUUGCGGGGGGGGGGGGGAGGGAAGGACGAGCAGAAAGCCAAGGCAUCGUGCUGAGAGGAGCGAAAAUUGCCUUUAUAGCUCGUGUUCUGGUGGAUCUCUUUCGAGGUUAUUCAGCUUUUUGGAAAAGAAAACAUGACGUCGCCAGCAAAAUUCAAAAAGGAUAAGGAGAUCAUAGCUGAAUAUGACACUCAAGUUAAAGAGAUCCGUGCCCAAUUGGUAGAGCAGCUGAAAUGCCUUGACCAGCAGUGUGAGCUUCGGGUCCAGUUACUGCAGGACUUGCAGGAUUUCUUCCGCAAGAAGGCAGAGAUUGAGAUGGAUUACUCCAGGAAUUUGGAGAAGUUGGCUGAGAGAUUCCUGGCUAAAACUAGGAGCACCAAAGACCAGCAAUUCAAGAAGGAUCAGAACGUGCUGUCACCAGUGAACUGCUGGAACCUGCUGCUCAACCAGGUGAAGAGGGAGAGCAGGGACCACACCACCCUCAGUGACAUUUAUCUCAACAACAUCAUCCCGCGCUUCGUCCAGGUCAGCGAGGACUCAGGACGCCUCUUCAAGAAGAGCAAGGAAGUGGGACUGCAGCUCCAGGAGGACUUGAUGAAGGUUUUGAAUGAACUCUACACGGUGAUGAAAACCUACCACAUGUACAACGCCGACAGCAUCAGUGCCCAGAGCAAGCUGAAGGAGGCAGAGAAGCAGGAGGAGAAGCAGAUUGGGAAGUCAGUGAAGCAGGAGGACAAGCAGACCCCGCGCUCCCCCGACUCCACCUCCAACGUCAAGUUUGAGGAGAAACACGUCCGGAGGAGCUCUGUCAAAAAAAUCGAGAAGAUGAAGGAGAAGCGCCAAGCAAAGUACACAGAAAACAGACUGAAGGCAAUUAAGGCAAGGAAUGAGUAUCUGCUGGCCCUGGAAGCCACCAAUGCCUCGGUGUUCAAGUACUACAUCCAUGACCUGUCUGAUCUCAUUGAUCAGUGCUGUGACCUGGGCUACCACGCCAGCCUCAACAGAGCCCUGAGGACGUUCCUGUCGGCCGAGCUGAACCUGGAGCAGUCCAAGCACGAGGGGCUGGACGCCAUCGAGAACGCCGUGGAGAACCUGGAUGCCAACAGUGACAAGCAGAGGCUGAUGGAGAUGUACAACAACGUCUUCUGCCCUCCCAUGAAGUUUGAGUUCCAGCCACACAUGGGGGACAUGGAGUCUCAGCUCUGUGCCCAGCAGCCAGUCCAGAGUGAGUUGGUGCAGAGGUGUCAGCAGCUGCAGUCCCGCUUGUCCACGCUGAAGAUUGAAAAUGAAGAGGUUAAGAAGACGAUGGAGGCCACGCUGCAGACAAUCCAGGACAUUGUCACCAUAGAGGACUUCGAUGUCUCUGACUGCUUCCAGUACAGCAACUCCAUGGAGUCGGUGAAAUCCACGGUGUCGGAAACGUUCAUGAGCAAACCCAGCAUUGCCAAGAGAAGGGCGAACCAGCAGGAGACUGAGCAGUUCUACUUCACAAAAAUGAAGGAGUACCUGGAAGGCAGGAACCUGAUCACGAAGCUCCAGGCCAAGCAUGACCUCCUGCAGAAGACCCUGGGAGAAAGUCAGCGGACGGACUGCGCCCUGGCCAGUGGCAGGCGCAGCUCCACCGUGAGGAAGCAGGAUUCCUCCCAGGCCAUUCCCCUGGUGGUGGAGAGCUGCAUCCGAUUCAUCAGCAGGCACGGUUUGCAGCACGAGGGAAUAUUCAGAGUGUCUGGGUCGCAGGUUGAAGUGAACGACAUCAAAAAUGCAUUUGAGAGAGGGGAAGAUCCCUUGGCUGGGGACCAGAACGACCACGACAUGGAUUCCAUAGCAGGAGUCCUCAAGCUCUACUUCCGAGGCUUGGAGCACCCCCUCUUCCCCAAGGACAUCUUCCAUGACCUGAUUGCCUGUGUCACCAUGGAUAAUCUGCAGGAGCGAGCGCUGCACGUCCGGAAGGUGCUGCUGAACCUGCCCAAGACCACCCUGAUUGUCAUGAGAUACCUCUUUGCAUUCCUCAACCAUUUGUCCCAGUUCAGUGAAGAAAACAUGAUGGAUCCUUACAACCUGGCCAUCUGCUUUGGGCCCACGCUGAUGUCUGUGCCCGAGGGGCACGACCAGGUCUCUUGCCAGGCUCACGUCAAUGAAUUGAUCAAAACCAUCAUCAUCCAGCAUGAGAACAUCUUCCCAGGGCCCAGGGAGCUGGAGGGCCCAGUCUACAGCAGAGGUGGAAACACAGAGGAUUACUGUGAAAGCCCGCACGGAGAGAGAGCCCUGACAGAGGAUUCAGUGCAGGAUGUCACAGCUGAACACCACACCAGUGAUGAUGAGUGUGAGCCCAUAGAGGCCAUAGCCAAGUUUGACUACCUGGGCAGGACUGCACGGGAGCUGUCCUUCAAGAAAGGAGCCUCUCUGCUGCUCUACCAGCGCGCCUCGGACGACUGGUGGGAGGGACGGCACAACGGCAUCGACGGCCUCAUCCCUCACCAGUACAUCGUGGUGCAGGACACUGAGGAUGGGAUGUCGGAAAGGUCCAGCCCGAAGUCGGAAAUAGAAAUAAAUUCUGAGCCACCGGAGGAGAAGGUGACAGCCAGAGCUGGUGCCAGCUGCCCGAGCGGGGGCCACGUCGCAGAUAUUUACCUUGCAAACAUCAACAAGCAAAGAAAGAAACCAGAGUCAGGCAGCAUCAGAAGAGCGUUCCGCCAAAGUGACAGCCACGGCCUAGGUAGUUCCCUGGCAGAACCAGCCUCCCCCGGGGCCAUAGCCGGUUCCAGGCCCUCAUCUCAGCCCAUUAUGAGCCAAAGUCUUCCCAAGGAGGUUCCAGACAAAUGCUCCAUCAGUGGCCACGGCAGCCUCAAUUCCAUCAGCCGGCACUCGUCGCUGAAGAGCAGGAUGGACAGCCCGCAGAUCCGCAAGGCUGUCACUGCUGGGAGGUCCAAGAGCUUCAACAACCACCGGCCCAUGGACCCCGAGGUCAUUGCACAGGACAUUGAAGCCACCAUGAACUCGGCCCUGAACGAGCUGCGGGAGCUGGAGAGGCAGAGCAGCGUCAAGCACACGCCCGACGUCGUCCUCGACACCCUGGAGCCCCUGAAAACGUCCCCGGUGGUGGCCCCCACCUCGGAGCCCUCCAGCCCCCUGCACACCCAGCUCCUCAAGGACACUGAGCCCCCGUUCCAGCGCAGUGCCAGCACUGCUGGGGACAUCCCCUGCACCUUCCGGCCCGUCAAGUCUGUCAAAAUGGCCACGCAGGUGAAGCCGCCGGCCACGCGGCCCAAGCCCGCCGUGUUCCCCAAGACCAGCGCCAGCAGCCCCGGCGUGGCCUCCUCUGCCCCCCAGCAGCCCCCUGACAAGUCCUGUACUGUCUGAUAGACCCCCUGCUGCUCUCUGGGUGCAACUCCUGCUGUUCCAGAUGGAGAGACUCUGGCAAAGACAUUAAAAUUCCUAUUUAACGAAUCCUUGGACUGAAGGGGAGCUGCUGGGAGCUCCUCAGCGGCCACAGCCUCGUCCCACGUCCCCAGGACAGCUCCUGCCACGCUUGGGAAAUCCACAAUCCACGAUCCACUGUGAAGCUGAGCAGGAAAACACCAAGGGAUGAGUUGGAUUUUGGUUUCGAUGCCUUGUUCAAGUGCUGGGCCGCUGGAAGGAACAUUUGGUGGUGUCCUGUUUUGGGAUACUGGUGUAGUGACUUCUAUAUUCUGUGUUUCAUUUAUCACAGGGAAACAAUAGGAUAGAUUUUAGUCUAUUGCAUGUUUUGGUGCCACUGGUUACGUGGAGCUUGGACAUGCCUGUUUCUUGUGCAUUAUUAUUAUUAUAAUUAUAAUUAUUAUUAUUCUUAUUCCGUCGCCCGCUGGUGCCACGGUGGUUAAGGGUCUGUCUCGACUUCCAUCACAUCCUCUGGUUUUGUUUGUUUGCUCCCCAUUCCUCCCCCUCAGGGCCAAAGCCUUUGGCCAUCCAGCCUCAUGCUUUAUUUGUCAUGGAAAAAUCAGUUUACUCUGGAACACUCGUAGAUUUUGUGGAGUUCUACGUCAGACGUGUCUGUGCAAAUAUAAACAAACGUGUUCCUGAGCUCUGGGAGCACAACAAAGAGCCCAGUUGUUGCUUAUGGACAAUCUUCACUGGUUUCCCCCUUUGCUCUCCCAUGUUUAAAAGCAGCUUUAUUGUUUCCAGUGGCAUUUUCAGCCCGUGGGCUCUGAUGUGGUGUUGGCUCUCGGGAGACUGAAUGUAAAAAAAAAAAAAGAGAUCAUUUUGAAAACAAGCAUCCUCUGCUGGGAGCCCAUCCCCAAGACACACUCUGCUGGUUUGCCCGUUCCUCAGGACAGAUCCUGACCCCAAUCCCAGCGCCAAGCACUGUAAAAACUUCGCUCAGGAGUUCUCAAGCUCCCUGCCUUGUCCCUGCCUGCUCUUAUAGAGCAGUGCAGGGAACGCUGCUGGGGACAGGGAUGUGACAGCACGUGGCCUCUGCAGUGGCUGCUCCGUGCAGGGCUGACCUGUGAAUGAAUCCUUUGCUAUUAUUUGUAUUUAUCCGUAGCCAGCAGCAUCCACGGACUCUUUUGUACUCCCCUGGGAAUUCUCCACAGUGCCCACAUUUAUUUAAUUUAAUAAUUAAAAGGCUUGUGCCACUUAGGAGUGGAGACUGGCUGACCCUGAGCUCGCCUCGUUCCUCAGCUUUUCCGGGAUUUCAAACAAGCUGCACAUCUUAGGCUUCCAUCAAAUAAUGAAUUCAGGACAGGAUAAGAAAAGUCAUUUUUCUCACCCAUUUAAGCCGAGUUUCCUUUCAGUUUGUGAGUUCCUGGUGACUGCAAAGUCAGUUUAAUUGGCACUUAAAAAAGAAGAAACAAGAGUUGCUGAAAUGUCCUUUUCUCAUGCAUUUAGGAUGAUACUUGGAAAAAUGGAACAGGGUCUCCCUGCAUCCCUGUCCAUCCCCACACGCACAACCCCCUUCCUACAGAAGCAAUCCAUCCAUAAUUAAUGACUUCCCAAAAAGCCAGCUUCCUCUGGGCCCCGAAUUGAGGACGUGCAAGAACUGGGGAGCACUGGGAAGCUUUUGGUGAGAACAUUCCUCGUUUCCCUUUUCUCCUGAGCUUUCCUGGGGAAGCCCCACGGUACGAGUGUGACUGUCCCUGCCCCUCCAGGAGAUGCCACCGGUGCCACCAGCGACCUUUGCUCUCAGGUUCUGAUGGACUUCUACCACCAAGGAAUCACUUGUUCUUUUGGGGAAAAAAAGAAAAAUAAAUAGAAUGGUUAAACUCGUAAUUUUUUGCUCAGGCAGAACUUUCUGGCAUUUCCUUUUUAGUAGGGUUUUUUGAUUUCUUUUCU